AUGGAAACCGGUGAACAAGGCCUCCCUUCAGCCAUCGCCACCGCUCCAACCGCCGGCGAUCCCACCGCCUCGCCUCCUCUUAUCGGUGAUGCUGUCAUUAGUCCCGAUCCAGCUGUUGACUUUGAUUACGUUGCUAAGACUGAAGUUCAUGCUUUGAUUUCAGACGAAGAGCAUGAUCAUGUUCAUGAACAUGAACUCGAUCACGAUUUCGAUCACGACCAUGAGCACGUGCACGAGCAUGACCACCAUGAUGAAGGCCAUGAACGCAGGUCACGUGGCUGA